UUGUUUUGGAUGUUCUCGCAGCACGUGGAGGCGCAAGGGAAGUUUUCUGUGAUCUGACUGUAAAACGUCCCUCAACACUGUGCGGCACACUUGAAACAACUUCCCCCGUCUGUGAAGUUUUGAGUAGCACAAACAGUCGGUGGUGUGAGAGAUGUCAGCGGCAGGUCAGACCUCCAGGAGCCGGGAUAUCCCGGCCGUCAGGCGGGUCACCAUCCACGAUGUUGCGCACAUGCCCCAGGAUUACUCCACGACGCCCGGAGGGACUCUGUUCAGCACUACACCGGGAGGUACCAGAAUCAUCUACGACAGGAAGUUCCUCCUGCAGUGUCGGACGUCUCCUCUGACUCGUACGCCUCCCAACCUGCCCGACAUCCCAGGAGUCACCCGGCCACUCAAACCCGACUCCUCCAGCAACACAAACCAGCCUGAACAGACUCCCAGCAAUAACACCAACCACGACCUGCAUACAGAGGAGAGUGCAGACUCCCUGUUUGAAAUGGACAUCUGAAGAGAGUCAGCUACAAGGACAAAGUGAUUCCCAACAUUGUCAUCGCUUUUAUUGUUUACUUGGAUAAAAGUAUCAGUUGAAAGGAGAAGCCUAGUCAUACUAAGCUGUAAUCCACUUUCAGAUUUCUGAAAAGAAAAUGUUUUGUUUUUUUGUAAUGCUUAAUAUGUGUUAAAGUGUUGUACUUGUAUAAAACAACACUAACUGAUGGAUACAAUUCACAUUUGACAAGUAAGUCUUGUUAAAAUUAAACCAUUCAUAUUUUA